AUGCGCUUGGCCAUGUACGCCGGGGCCUCGGCGGCCCUCGCGGCCGCGGUUGUCACGUCGGCCUUCUACCAGCGCGCCAACUUCUACUCGGCCAUGGUCUAUCUGUCGCAGAGCAACCUCUGCUUGAUGAUCCUCGUCAACCUCGUCUUCCUUGUCUACGGCUCCUUCAUGUACGGCCUCCAGCGCCUCUGCUUCGGGUCCCUCCGCCCCGUCGAGGUCGAGCAGCUCUACGAGAAGGCCUGGUUCGCCAUCACCGAGACCUGCCUCGCCAUGACCGUCUUCCGCGAAGAGGUCGGCGCCUUCUUCAUCGUCAUGUUCACCGCCCUUAUCACGGGUAAGGUCUGGGGCUGGAUCGGAGAGGGCCGCGUCGAGGUCUUUGAGCAGCAACCGCCCGCGAACCCCCGCCUCUUCCACGCCCGCCUCGUCGUGUCGCUGCUCUCGAGCAUCAUAUACAACUCUUGGCUGCUGAGCUACUGCAUCAACACCGUCGUCGCCCAGGCCAAGCCCACGAUGAUGGUCAUGUUCUUGUUCGAAUUCGCGGUCCUGGCGGUCGGUUCCCUGCACACCGGGUUGCGAUAUGUUAUCUCGCUGGUCGAGGCGAGUGUCAUCAAGAGGCAGACUGCCCAGAGGUUAGAGCAACGAAGGCGGGAGGUGAGAGAGCAGAGAGCAGAGAUCCUGCGAAGAAGAGAGGCCGGGGAGACGACCGAAGAUGCCGAGACACUGCCGGACGAGGACGAUAUCGAUGAGAUGGAUAUCGAAGUCCCAGGUUGGGAUACGAAGGGCCAGUGGAUCUUAUUCCUGGACCUCUUCGCUGAUCUGCUCAAGCUCUCGGUCUACACCGCAUUCUUCUGCGUGUUGCUCGUCUUCUACGGCCUACCGAUUCACAUAAUGAGAGACCUUUUCAUGACUACAAGAAGCUUCGUCAAGCGACUGACAGCCCUGCUGAGAUACAAGCAGGCACUGAGGGAUAUGAGUCGAUACCCAGACGCCACGGCGGAGGACCUCGGGCGCGAAGAUACUUGCAUUAUCUGCCGAGAGGAGAUGCGACCUUGGGACCCGAACGCCGGGCAGGUGGAGAGAACAAGACCGAAGAAACUACCAUGCGGGCAGAAUCAGCCCGCACCAGCGAACGGUCAGCCACCCGGCGUGCAGGAUGCACAGCUUAAUGGGCAGGCCGGACAAGACGGUCAACAACAACCCGCAGGCCCUAGAGCCGCCAUGCGAUACAUCAACCUCGGCCCAAUAAGGUUGGGUUUUGCCCAGGGUGGGCAGGAGGUGGCAGAGCUGGCGAAUAGAAUGGGCGUCGACUUGAAUGGCCCCAAUCCCCCUGCGGCGGCACAGGCGAAUAUUCCCGCGACAAAUCCUGUGGAUCUUUCGACGAUGGAGGCUGUUCGUAAUAGGUUGCUGGAAGUCGAUCAAAGGAUCCAGCAGGAAGUCCGUGAUAUACAGCAAGGCAUACAGAAUGUCCACAUGGCCCAACACGAACUGCAGCUCAUCAACAUCAUGCUUUCUGAGCUCGCACGCAUCCGACAGCUUAACCCUGGCCAGCAACAACCCACAACCCAGCCUGGCCCGCCGAUACCUACCCCUAAUGGUGCUAAUGCUCCGGCUGGUGGUGUACCUCCCCAGCAGCCAGGUGCCGCGCCGAUACCAACGCCGGUCGCAUAUCCCGCUGGCCAGAUUCCUCUCGCGACGAUGCCCCAGGCCUCAAACCCCUUCAUUCCUAGGAUGAACUCGCCCACCGUAACACGUCACGGGGCCGUUCCACAGACAUCAGCUAUUCCCUCUGGCAGCGCAGACCUUCCCGAAGGUGUCGUUAUCCCACCAGGAUGGUCCCUCAUGCCCCUUCAGCGCCUCGACGCGGGUGCGGUCCCGGCAAAUGGGACUCAAAUCCACGAUGGUCUGACACCAAACCACCCGCCAGAAGGGGCCCAGCAAGCUGGAAACGGCCAGCCAAAUGGGGCCAUACCACCCCAGUCGUCGAGCAGCACUGGUGGAAUGGCCUCGGGCAUUAAUGGAGGAGCCACAUCCGAGGAGAUCCACAGUACAGACGCUCAUCAGGCUCCCCGCCAGUCGACAGCCGAACCACCCCAAGUGGCAGCCCCAACACCGGUGACGCCAGUCUGGGGUGGGUCGGCGCAGCUCUUUGGCGGCGGCGGUGGGAGUGGUGGGUUGCCAUUCGGGCUAGAAGCGCCUGGCUCGAGCCGGUCUGCAUCCCAGACACGCGAAGGGGAGAACAGCAGCAACCAGGAGACUGGUGAUGAGGGCGCGAGCGCUUCCGGUGAGGCGAGUGCGUCAGCUGCUCCGCCAGCGGCCGAGGGGCACGAGGAUUCCUCGGCGGCCACGAAGGGCAAAGCGCCUGCUGCUACCGUAGAGGAUGCCGAGGACUGA